GUCUUGGGCGCAUGCUGGAGAACUGAAGUGCUGGCCAUGAUUAGCUGUGUGCCCGGGUCCAACGGUGUAGGCCCGCUGGUACUCGGCGACCGCAUGAGCGAAAUUGCAGAGCCAUUCGGGCUACCAGGCCAAGGUGAAAAAGCCGACGCACAAAGGGGAGGACGGACAAUGCAGUGCCCAGCGCUACACAUCAGCGGGUAUCAAGUGGACAAGUGCUGGUGAAAGCAUCGCAUGAAGCACACCCACCGUUAAUGAUGCCGUUACAGCGUGGAUACACAGUGCCGGGCACUUCAAAACGGUGAUCGGCGACUUCGAUAUUGUUGGUUUCGGCGUGCAUUUCCCUUACUGGACAAUGGGCGUUGCAAAGACCGCAUCAAAAGCAGUGUGAACUGGUUGCAUGGUCCAGCGUAUUUGGCCGAGGGGGGCCGUGUGCGGACCAGCUAAAUUUGGG